GAAAGAAGAAAGAGCAUUUCCUGUAAGUGGUGAUAGUGAAGAAAUAAACGAAUGCACAGAAGAAUUGGAUCUGCCCCAAAAUAUUGAGAAAAAAUAUAUAACAAGAAAUACCACUUAUGAUGUACUACCUCUUCAAAAUGAUACAAUAUAUGUCAAUGAGCAGCCUGCCCCCUGUGAAGAGGCGGACUAACAAGCGUCCAAAGAAAAAUGGUGAGAUCCCUUUCAAAGAUCAUAAAGAAGUGCCUUUGAACCAAGCAAAAGGAAAAAUUAAUAUGAAAUCUAAGAAUAUAACCAGGAAAACCAAAUGUAAAUUGAAGCGACAGUCCCAACACCUUAUUUCAGACCCUGAAGAAAAUGACACUGAAUUCAUCAUUAAAGAUGUUCACAAGAAGGAAGCCACUGUUAUGCUGACACCUCUGAGAAAGAAAAUAAUGCAAGAAAAGCAGCACUCCAAUAGCAGGCCCAGAAAUGAGCAAAAUGUGACUAAGGAUUGUGGAAACAUCACUUGCUGUGAAAUAAACUUGGUUGAUGUAGAAUCAGACACUUUGAACUGCACGUUAAAUUUGUUGAAACAACAUCAACAAAUUGAGAAAGUUGUGGAAAAUGUUCCUUGCACAGAUGAAGAUGAAUCUAAUGAAGAUAUCCCAUGUAUUAAAAGGAAAAUACGGCCUCCUUUCAAAAGAGAAAUGUUCAACAAGGAAUGUAAUAAUACACAAGGACCAUCCCAUGAGCAAAAAAGUACAGAGAAUUGCGUAGCACCUUCUCAGAGCCAAAAGACAAAAUGUUCUUACAUUGUCCAGGAGGACUCGCUGGAAGUACUAAGUAACAAGAGUUCGUCUCCUGACUUGGAUACCAGUUCUAAGCUAGAGAAAAGGAAUAGACAAAAGUCACAGAAGGGGUUCAAGAGAGCCAGAAAGAAUGCUCUUGCAUCAGACACCGAAAGUGAAAACAGCAUAGAGGCAUUUCCUGUGGAAGAAAGUAAGAUAACAAUACCUACCAAGAGGACUAAUGGUCGCAUUUCAACUAGUCCAAAAGCCUUGCCUGUGGCUAGAAAGCCACACAAACAGAGCAAGUUAAGGAAUGCUGUGAAGUCUCUUCCAGACACUGAUGAAAACUGGACUGAAGAAGAAGUAGAAAAGAUGUACAGGGCAGUGGCAUCUUUUCCCAAAUACAAAAGUGGUUUCUGGAUGGCUGUGGCAAAGUCUGUGGGAACACGAUCGGCUGAAGAAUGCCAGGAAAAAUACAUGGCAGACCACGAUGGGAAGAAAUGCGUCCGAAAGAAGACCACCAAGCCUGGGAAAAAGGAAGAAAGAGAUAGGGGGACACAACAACAGCCGUUGGCAAAGGUGGGAACCCUGAAAAGGAUACAGCAGAUGCGGAAAUUCCUUGAAGAGAUGCCCAAGGAUAACCACGAUGACAUCUUUACUUCCACACCUUUCCAAAAUAGGAUCACAAAAUUGCCACAGUUCUGCGUGGCCCCAGAGGAAGAUAUUUUCCAGUUGAAAGAAAGUCAACCUAUUACACCUGCGUCAGCUAUUUUCCCCUGGUUGAAGACACCCCAAUGUGACCACCUCACCCCUGGCAUGCUGGAACCUCCGGAUAGGGAAAGCUGUGAUAAACAUGUCUUCCACAUGCAAAAACUUAUCAAAGGCAAGGAACGCACGUGGCUGAAUGUAAAGAAGAAAUCGGCUGCGACAGUGUUCACUACUCCCAUGUCUCGAAGAACAAAUGUCUUUAAUUUUGAAGAUGUAGGAACUUCUACUGGAGUGAGGAAUCUAUUUGAAGUGGAAGAAGAAAUACAGUCUGAUGAAGAGAAUGAUGUGUAUUUUUCCACAUAG